AUGACAAAUGGCCUGGUAUCUUUACAGCAACAACUUAUUGUUGAUGUUCUUAAACGUAACAACAUCAACAUUGGCAAUGUUGACCAAGGAAUUGAGUUGAUAAGAGCUGGAAUUUGUUUGACAAAAGUCUUUAUUGUUAUUGAUGAUUUAGAUGACCUAAAUCCACUAGAAUAUUUAGAAGGAUCAUUUGCUUCUGGUAGCAUGGUCUUAAUAACAACGAGAAAUGAAGAUCUACUGGAUAGAAUUAAAGUAAAGGCAAGAUACAAGGUCAAUAAAAUGGAUAAAGAUAAGGCGCACCAACCUUUUAACCAACAUGCAUUCGAAGAUGAUAAAAUAUCAGACACAUUCCAAGAAAUGUCCAAAGUAAUUCUGGAGCGAGCUGGAGGGCUUCCACUGGCUAUUCAGGUUUUUGGCUCGAACUUGGUUUACCGGUCUGCGGAAGGAUGGAGAUGCUUCAUCGACAAAUUAAAUCGAGUUCCCCUCGAAGAUAUUGAGAAAAACCUUAUGAUUAGCUUCGAUGCAUUGAAAUCAGUUGAUCCUAUUCUGCAGGAUAUAUUCCUAGAUAUUGUAUGUUUUUACAUUGGAUGGAAAAGAAACAGUGUUGCUAAAAUAAUGGAAACUUGUUAUACGUUUGUCAAUCGUAAUAUUGACAUUCUAAAGAAGAGAUGUCUAAUAACGAUCAAUGAUGAAGAUAAGUUGGGGAUGCAUGAUCUGCUUCGCGAUAUGGGAAGGGGAAUUGCGCGCAACAACUCCCCUGCUGAGCCUGGAAAGCAUAGUAGAUUGUGGGUAUCAGAAGUUAUAGACAAUGUGUUGACAAAUCAAAAGGAUCAACAGGUUCUUCAUCCUGGAAUAAGUAGCUCUCCUCAAAUUUGCCUUCUUCCUCUGCUUGACGAGGUUCAGAUGAAGACGGUUGAGCUUCGAAGAAGUUGUAUUCCUGAUGUUCGUCUUCAAAUAAUUGUGAUUGAUGUGUUUGAUGUAGAGGGGAAUGGUGUGGUGAUUGGUAUGGGGAUUGAUGUGGUGAUUGAUAUGGUGAUUGGUGUGGUGAUUGGUGUUGUUCUGGUUGUUGUAUUUGAAGUGGCUCUGGUUGUUGUGGUUGCUGUUGUUGUUCCUGUUGAACUUGUUGAGGCUGUUGCUUUUGAGGUUGAGCCACUUGGAAUUGAUGAAGUUGUUGUGGCUGAGCAUUGA